CACCUACAUCCACCGGGGGUUGGGGGUCUGCUUCAGACACAGACUCAGUUUAGGACCCGUGGCGUGUUGGACGCAGGCGCGGCAAUGGCUGCUUCCUAAUGCAACUGGCUUCACCAUUACAGUCACACCAGAUUGCCGGCGUACUUAACUGCAUUAGUGCAACUUGCAACGUUUGAGACGGAACACAUUUUUAAACUGACCUCAGAAGUCUUAGUCUGAGCAAUCACAACUCAGGAUGAACGGGAAUUUGACUGAACAAGAACCUGAACCCAGCCCAGCUGUGAAGAGAUUCUCCAAAUCAGAGGUCCAGAGUCUGGUCCAAACAGUGGUCCAUGAUGCAGUCCAAGAAACUGACACCAAGAUGGAGUCUCUGCUACAAAAGGUUCAACAGCUGGAGUGUGAGCCCAAAUGUGACUUUAACAUCCGCAAACUCGAGGCUCAUAUUAAGAAGGUGAAGCGGAGAGGGGAUGCAGCUAUGGCCUUUCUGAGGAAAAUGGGAAUGUCUGGAGCGCAAACAAAAUGCACCCCACAAAAUCAGAUAAGGAAUACGUUGCCAUCCGCAGUAGAGUCUGAAACUGUCGAACUCUCCAGAUUAGACUCUGAUGAGGACCCAAUUGAAAUCGUCCCCUGUCAGAAAAGGAAGUUCGUCAGUGGCAUCCGGCAGAAUCUGAUGCCCAAUGAAAAGAGGCCACGCAUGGAUGACAAACAAGUUGAAUUGAAGAGCCAAUUUACCAGAGAUCCCUCCCUAUCUCCUCCUCAACUGACUCCAGUUUCUCUGACUCCGACUCCAUCUGCUGUUGUUUCUCCACCUGACCUGAUCAUGGCGUCCCUCAAGAUAGAGAUCCCCAUGUCAUCUCCAGGAGCCAAGCCUGCCGUGAGGGAGUGGUUAGACGGUGUAGAGGCCGUGAAGGAGGAGCCAGUGAAGGAGGAGCCAGUGAAGGAGGAGCCAGUGAAGGAGGAGCCAGUGAAGGAGGAGCCAGUGAAGGAGGAGCCAGUGAAGGAGGAGCCCGUGGAGGAGGAGCCCGUGGAGGAGGUGCCCGUGGAGGAGGUGCCCGUGGAGGCGGAGCCCGCGGAGGAGGAGCACGUGGAGGGGCCCAUCAAGACACUCCAGCCUCCGGCAGCAGGCAGUGCCAAGACACCCAGGGCUCCAUCAGGUACCACCACUCAAGUCAAGGUGGAGGAGAGGAAGAUUUCUGCUCGGGAUGAUCCCUUGCCUGGCCUCCCUCCUCUCCCUCCCACCACCUUCCCCUCCGUCCUGCCUGCCGAGGCCGCCUCCUACUCCAUUCCUUCCCAGGUCAAAGUCAACCUGGCCUACAUCCACAACCCCCCCGGCAUCAGCAUCCUGUGGGACCUGGUGGAAAAAGACCCUACAGAGCCACCUAUGGAUAGGUUCAGAGUGUGCAUGAUGUUGGAGAAGGGAAAGGGGUGUGGCUUGUUUCCAGUGACUUGGACCUUGUAUGAGGUGACCGCCAUCCCUCUGCCCAUGGCUAUCGUCAUCCAAAUCCAGAAGAAAAUGUCUGGACGCAAGAUAUGCUUCGCAGUGGUGGGCAAGGACAAGUUUGGACGCUACGGCACCUACAGUAACAUCAAACACGCCCUGCUGCCCUAGGGGGCAGACUGACCCGGUCCGCAGGCUAGGAAAUGGGCUUGCCGGCCGGGUUCACGGGGGUCAAACCAGGACCAGCUAGGUUCUGGAGACACGAAGCCUUCUCUGGUGUCCCACCACUCGUUGUCAGGCGCUCCAUGGUGUGACGAGUCCCCAGCCCCCCUGCUGCUUCUGCAGGUGGAGCAGCUGACAAGCAGGUGGAGGACUGAGGGGAUUCUUCAUGGACUGGAAACUUUUACACAGUCUUAUGUGCCUUAUAGUUAAGUUUGUUUAUUAUGUUGUGUUGUCACAAUAGUGUGUGAAAUACGAGUUUCUGUAUUAAAACAGAUCUGUUUCUGAGACA